CUGCCUCUCUCCGCGCUAUCCCGUUAAAAGGCUGCAGCUGCCGCUCGCUGAGCCAGUCGUUGUUGACUCCGUCUGGGAUGAAGGCUGGAGGUUACCGGCGAGGGAAAGGAGACCUCUAGGCAGCUUUCCAUUUGCAAAGUGAGCGGUAAUUGCGAGGAGACAGCCUCCCCAGUUGGAAUCAAUAGUCUGCUUUCUUGCUGCUAAGGGCACUUUGGAGCAGUAGUAGGUCACUGAAGUAACUCCAGCACGCUGCUGACUGCGGAGUUGUAAAGAACUACAUGCAAGUGGCUGCAGGAGUGCUGGAAAACGCGUCCCUGUUGCCAGGGACGGAAUAGUUCUCAAGUCAUUAGAGCUUCUGGUCCUCUCCUUCCAUUACACAGAGAGGGUCACUCCUGGGAGGGAUGAGGAUGGAGCAGUGAUUCCUCCAAGUGUCGCUCUCGUGGAGGGGGUGACGGUGGCUUUAGAAGCCACCCCCUACUGCUACUAAAUUCAGAUUUACCUGAAUUUCCCCAAAUCUCUUCAAGCACAAUGCUAGAAAAUCUGAAUCUUCUUCGGGCUUUUGGGGGUUUUUUCUUUAUCUUCUGGACAGCUUUUAACACAGCCUUAAUGGAUGUGGUUGGAUCGGAGCAGCAGAUCCCCCUGUCUGUUGUGAAGCUCUGGGCCUCAGCGUUUGGAGGGGAGAUCAAAUCUAUUGCAGCCAAGUACUCGGGUUCCCAGCUUCUGCAGAAGAAAUACAAAGAAUAUGAGAAGGACGUUGCAAUAGAAGAAAUCGAUGGCCUUCAGCUUGUGAAGAAGUUAGCAAAGAAUAUGGAAGAAAUGUUUCAUAAAAAGUCCGAAGCUGUGCGGCGUCUUGUUGAGGCUGCAGAAGAUGCUUACCUGAAACAUGAGUUUGAUGCUGAUUUACAGUAUGAAUACUUCAAUGCUGUGCUUAUAAAUGAAAGAGAUGAAGAAGGGAACUAUCUGGAGCUGGGAAAGGAGUUCAUUCUAGUGCCAAAUGACCACUUCAAUAACUUGCCUGUAAAUAUCAGUCUGAGUGACGUCCAAGUACCAACCAAUAUGUAUAAUAAAGAUCCAGCCAUUGUAAAUGGAGUUUAUUGGUCAGAAUCCUUAAAUAAGGUGUUUGUUGAUAACUUUGAUCGUGACCCUUCUCUCAUCUGGCAGUACUUUGGAAGUGCAAAAGGAUUUUUCAGACAAUAUCCAGGAAUUAAAUGGGAACCUGAUGAGAAUGGAGUCAUUGCGUUUGACUGCAGAAAUAGAAAAUGGUACAUCCAAGCAGCAACUUCUCCAAAAGAUGUGGUAAUUUUAGUAGAUGUCAGUGGCAGUAUGAAAGGACUUCGCUUGACUAUUGCUAAGCAGACAGUUUCAUCUAUUUUGGAUACCCUUGGAGAUGAUGACUUCUUCAAUAUAAUUGCCUAUAAUGAAGAACUUCACUAUGUAGAACCGUGCCUGAAUGGAACAUUGGUUCAAGCAGACAGAACCAACAAAGAGCAUUUUAGGGAACACCUUGACAAGCUUUUUGCAAAAGGAAUUGGAAUGCUGGACAUUGCUUUAAAUGAAGCUUUCAACAUGCUCAAUGAAUUCAAUCACACAGGACAAGGAAGUAUUUGCAGCCAAGCCAUAAUGUUGAUUACUGAUGGAGCUGUGGACACAUAUGAUACAAUAUUUGCAAAAUAUAAUUGGCCAGACAGAAAAGUUCGUAUUUUUACCUAUCUGAUUGGAAGAGAAGCUGCUUUUGCUGAUAACCUGAAGUGGAUGGCCUGUGCUAACAAAGGGUUUUUUACUCAGAUCUCUACCUUAGCUGAUGUUCAAGAGAAUGUCAUGGAAUACCUCCAUGUUCUUAGCAGACCAAAAGUUAUUGACCAAGAGCAUGACGUGGUAUGGACUGAAGCAUAUAUUGACAGCACUCUCCCUCAGGCUCAAAAGCUUGCUGAUGAUCAGGGAUUGGUGUUGAUGACAACUGUUGCCAUGCCGGUAUUUAGUAAGCAAAAUGAGACUAGAUCAAAAGGGAUUCUCCUGGGAGUAGUUGGCACAGAUGUCCCAGUUAAAGAACUUCUAAAAGCUAUUCCAAAAUACAAGUUAGGUAUUCAUGGAUAUGCUUUUGCAAUUACGAACAAUGGAUAUAUUUUGACCCAUCCAGAACUUAGGCCUUUGUAUGAAGAAGGGAAGAAACGAAGAAAGCCCAACUACAGUAGUGUGGAUCUUUCUGAGGUUGAGUGGGAAGACAGAGAUGAUGUGCUUCGAAAUGCAAUGGUGAAUCGUAAAACAGGGAAAUUCUCCAUGGAAGUGAAGAAGACAGUGGAUAAAGGGAAACGGGUAUUGGUGAUGACAAAUGACUACUAUUAUACAGACAUCAAGGGUACUCCAUUCAGUUUAGGUGUGGCUCUCUCUAGAGGACAUGGAAAAUAUUUCUUCAGAGGGAAUGUAACUGUGGAAGAAGGUUUACAUGAUUUAGAACACCCUGAUGUAUCUUUAGCAGAUGAAUGGUCCUAUUGCAACACUGACUUGCAUCCUGAACACCGUCAAAUGACUCAGUUAGAAGCAAUUAAACGCUACCUCACAGGAAAAGAGCCACUGCUCCAAUGUGAUAAAGAAUUGAUCCAGGAAGUUCUGUUUGAUGCAGUGGUGAGUGCGCCAAUUGAAGCUUAUUGGACCAGUUUGGCACUAAAUAAAUCAGAAAAUUCUGACAAGGGAGUGGAAGUUGCCUUCCUUGGAACACGGACUGGACUGUCUCGUAUCAACCUGUUUGUGGGUCCAGAACAGCUUACUAAUCAAGAUUUCCUGACAGCUGAAGACAAGGAAAACAUUUUUAAUGCUGAUCAUUUUCCACUCUGGUACAGAAGAGCUGCUGAGCAAAUACCUGGGAGCUUUGUCUAUUCAAUCCCAUUUAGUACAGAAACAGCAAACAAAAGCAAUGUAGUGACAGCCAGUACUGCUAUUCAACUUUUGGAUGACAGAAAAUCUCCAGUCGUUGCAGCUGUAGGUAUCCAGAUGAAACUUGAAUUUUUCCAGCGGAAAUUUUGGACAGCGAGCAGACAGUGUGCGUCUCUUGAUGGCAGAUGUGCAAUAAGUUGUGAUGAUGAAGCAAUCAACUGUUACCUAAUAGACAACAAUGGAUUUAUUCUAGUGUCUGAAGACUAUGGGCAGACUGGUAACUUCUUUGGGGAGAUUGAAGGGGCUGUGAUGAACAAAUUAUUAACUAUGGGCUCCUUUAAGAGAUCUGUGUGCGCGGAUCUGGCUGUGGGCGUGAUUCUGCCAAAGAUGGUUGCUACAUUUCAUGGCAUGCAGUGCAGAAUGCCUUAUGGUGGUACUGAAUGCAUUUCAUGACCUGGUUUUGGCAGCUUCUGGGACAUCCCUUCCAUAGCUGAACUUGUGUGCGCUCCUUUCCUCUUCACUUAGAAGCAAGGCACACACUGCAAAAUGUUGAAGUCCCAUCUCAUACAUCUUUAAGACAUAUAUGUCCAGUUGUGUUCUGUUGUCCCUCUGAUGAUGCAAAAGUCAAAUGGAUAUAUUCAAAUAAAGCUGGUAACAUUCAUGUAUCUACAUUCAUUGCAACUUAUCAGCUAAAGAUUCUUUACAUCUGCUACCGAUGUUAACUUCUUUUUAUGGAUGGAUGUAAUCUGUUAAUUGUUCUAUGGACGGACAGAUUUAGAGAAAUAAUCACAACUCCAUAUACUAUCUCUGAGUUCUGGAUUUUACAUUUAGAUCUCUGAAGUGUGUCAGUGAAUAAAAUCACAAGCAGAAAGAAACUGCCAGUUACUAUGCAUCUGAGGAGGCUUCUAACAUAUGUUGAUUGGAGCAGGUACCUGACAUGAAGUACUUGCCCUCAUGAGAAGAUGCAAAAUGAAACCCAACCUGCCUCAAUUGUCUGUCCCAUGAAUACACUGAAAUUCCUCUUCUCUCUUUGGAAGCAACAAUGUGUUUUUUCAAACCAGUUAUGUUAUAGAUGUUAAAAUUGCAUAAGUGACAUUUUGCCUUUUCUGGAGUUUGAGUGGUCUGUUGUGAGAAGCCCCUCAAAUGCAUAGGUUCUUUCACUUUCUGGGGCUAAAUGUGCUGAUCUCAGUCCAGAACCAAUUGUUUAAGCAUCAUGUUGAAUGUGUAUUUUCCUCUUCCUCACAUCGUUUAUCUCACUGUGUGUUACACUGAAUGUGUACCUUCCCUUUUUUCUCCCAGUUACGCUUUUGCUUUGUUCUACAGUCUGAUAAAAUCCUUACAAAGUUUUCACAUAGUUUCUCACCUUUAUUCUCCUUUGUGUAACAUGUAUUUUAAUGACCCCUUUCCCUCUUUUCCCUGCUGCCCUUCCGUUUCUUUUUUUUUCCUGUCUACUUUGCGGGCAGACUGUUUCAUAUCACCACGUUUACUCCACUGUAUUUUCUCCUUUUAGUCAAGCAGUUUUCUGUUCUUCC